AUGGUAGCAAGAGAAUUUUACUUGGGAGCUGCGGUGCUUUCCUGUAUGAUACUUGGCUUAAUCGCCGAAGGUAAUAUAGACAUUUUCCUUUGCUUAAUUUAAAAUCAUAAAGAAUUCCGACGCCGAGGAUGUUGGUAAAUUUUAUAUCUAGACGCACAGUAUUUUCUUUUUUUUUUUUUUUACCCCUACCCCAGGUUACUUAAGGCAUUAAACUUAAAAUCUUUAUACUACCCCUCACCCCUACGACGAAGAAGAUUCUGUUGGUCGGGUCCCUUCGGUAAGCUUUCAAUUAGGCCAAUUCAUUGGGCAAUAUUCCAUUGUCAGUAUACUAGACCUUAUUUACCAUACCCACCAUCUUUAUUCGCGUUAAUGGAUUAAUAGGAUAAAACCAAUGUCACGUCGCGUAGUUUCUCAGGGGACAAGCCAGCCUCGUUCCCAGUCGUCCUCGGCGAUUUCGGAUGUGACGUCAUCUGUCAAGCUUGCACUCGGCUCCAAGCCUCCUCUGGUAACUCGGAUAGCGCAAACUGGCCUGGGUACGAGGCUGGGGACAAACAACAACUGAAAAAAUCUCCCCAUACAAGAAAUCGAGGUAGAAUUUGUUUAUUCUGGACAACAGGAAAACAAGGUGGCUCUACCCUUUAGGUCCAAACUCUUACCCUUUUAUAUACAAUUUAUGACAGAAAACAAUGUGCCCCUUUCGUAUACGUUCUAUUGACAAAUGGUUUCUCUUUUUAUAUACCUGGUUUAGAACUUUACAUUAAUCCCUGUUAUUAUAUAGACACGAGUGUUUUACUGGAAAAUAUACCACUCGUAAAAUUCAUAAACGCUACAUCCGGGACCCGAGUGGUUUAUUUUCCAAAAUCUCCACGUCGGUUUAUCGAUGACAUAAUUUCGGCAAUUUCCCUCUAUUAUUUUAUCGAUGUCUUUUUGUCUAUGUAAUAAAAAGAACAUUACACGGCGGCUUGAAGAUAUGAAUUUUAUUUUCUCGUGGCAAAAACAAUAAUUUACUCACUCGCUGCGCUCUUUCGUAAAAUAUUGUUUUGCCACUCGAAAAUAAAAUUCAUAUCUUCGCGCCACCGUGUAAUAUCCUCUAUUUAACUGCUGUAAUUGUGCUGUCUUAGUAUAGGUAAGGGCAUGAUUUGUAGUGAUAUUUGGCAUAAAUACCACGAGUGAUAUUUCAAAAUUGUUAUACGUAAUUUCACAAGCUGCUAGGCGAGUGAAAUUUGAGACAAUUUUCAAAUGUCACUAGUGAUAUUUCUGUCAAAAAUCACAUACACAUCUUGAUAUUAAUUGUUUAUGCUACUACCCGCAAAGGUUUUGUAAUUUUCACAUGUAGGAAUUUCAAAUUAAGCUGAAUUACCACUGCGCUAAGCCAAUCAAAUUGCAGCUGAAAUUUCUCAUCUAGUAGUAUAAACAAUAUGAAUUAAUCAAAAGAUCAGAGCGUUUUCUUGACUUUUGCCCAGCUUGCCCCAUAAAAUGCAUCUGCUAGCCCUUUUUACUGACCUUAAUGACAGUUUUCUUUACACUUUCAUACAGUACUACUAGUGAAAUCCCUAACCUUUCACAUACCUGAAGCCUGCAAUAGGUAACCCUUUCGGGCGGAGUCCCCCCGUAUGCGCCAUUAUAGGGCGUACCCCCCCGGGAAAUAAAGUCUAUUGCUUUAAGUUUGACAUUCUAAUUGUUACUUUGCAGCCUCGUAUUGCCCUAGUUGCAACGCGGGGGGGAAAGAUAAGCAUGCCGCAUUGAAGGCGUGUGACAAAAACGUUGUCAACCAAGUUUGCGAUGAAGACGGACCGGCAGUAUGUGAGGUCGUGCUGAAUGUGUUCAGAAGUGGACGAGCCAGAGUAAAUCGCUGGUGUUCCACAGAAGGAAGACAUGACGAACAAAACCAACAGUGCAAACAAAAUCAGAAAUCCGGCCGACAAGAAUUGAACUGCUCCCUACUGAGGGCAAUUUGCACAGAAUCUGGAUGCAAUGCCACUUUACCCGAGCCAGGUAUGCAUGGCUUAAGACUGCUUAAUAUCGCCUCAUAGCUCACUUCGGAAAAGAGUGAAAGCCUGGGACCCGAACUAGGCGCGCGCGCAUUUAUGAGAUUAUUUGGGGAGACACGAAUGUAAACAAACAUGGCGGAAAGCGAACUGGAAUGUUUCAUCUGGUUUAAAACAGCUGAAAGUAGCAAAACGGAGCGAGAAAUUGAAAGAAAAAAAAACAUAAAAAUGUGAAGAUGAAAGAAGGUGUAGCUGGGGCGAUUUUACCUCGAGAAGAACCAGAAGAAUGCAUCGUGUGCUAUCGCAGUUCAAAUUCAAAUUAGCGUUUCGAAGCAAAAGCACAUAUUCUCGCUGGAUACGUCUUACCUUUCGUAUUCUAUAAAAUGCCAGACCAGGCGAGUUCCUAAAGUUAUUUGUGCACAAAGGCACACGACAAAUAUAAUUAAACAAUCCCAUAAUUACACGCGCACUUAGUUUGGGUCCCAGGCUAUCACUCUUUUCCGAAGUGAGCUAUCAAUUUCACACCACGCCGGAAAGCUUUUCGUGCCUCUGGUAUAGUAUAAACACCUAUCCGAUAUGUAGCUCUCCACCGCAGAGAUCGGCUCAGCUAGUCUUCGCUCCGUUACGGAAACCAAUAAAGCCGCGAAAUCACACAAGCCCUAUCCAAUAUGGUUAGCAGGAAAGAGGAACACAACUUUUGUCUCAAAAACUUGCAUGCUUUAGCAUUGUUUAACCUGGACGUGUACUGCAUAGGCUGUUUCCUAGUUAUAAACUAGCAAGGGAAAAAAUUUCAGGUGACAAUGUUGUAUUCUAAGGCAUUGACUUUAACACCUUGGUUGUUAUUCGCUCUUCAGUGUUCAAGUGUCCUUCGUGUGACGCGUUAGGGAACAAUGAAGACGACGCAUUGAAGGUUUGCGACGACAAAGCUGUCGACCAGGGAUGCUUAGAGCAAUACCCGGUUUGUGAGGCUACCUUGACUAAGACCGGAGCGAUAGUGAAAGUUCUGCGCGGGUGUUCUACCAAGAAAAGAUACGAAGCAGCAAAGAAAAAGUGUCUCCGAGCAUUUGUAGGCUGUCCGCAAAUGGCAUAUUGCACAGAAUCGGGAUGCCAGGCCACUUUACCAGCAAUGCAAAAAGGUAAUCAUUUUAAAAAACUAAUCUUUAUAAGUUUACCUUGAAUAUGUUCGAUUGGUCAUAUUCUGCAAUUACUCUACAGCAGAGUGAAAACCGGGUUUACGACAGACCGAGAGUAAGCCCUUGGGGGAGUUAAACGCACAACCAUUGAACUUAAAUUAAUACAAUAAUUUUAAUUGCAAAAAAAACCUUACAACGAAUUUGGAAACGGCCGGACGCAGCAGAAUGAAAACGACGGUUAAAAAUAUCCCAGACGCGUGUGUUUUCAUAGAUAGAGUUCAACCUACGUCACUGACAACGAGCAAAUUCUAUCGUUUUCGAACGUUUUAGUGUGGACACUAAUCUAUCGAUGCUUUGUCGAUGACAACGAAAACGCAUACUUUUGAAAACCAAGAGAGAAAGAGCUAUGUGACAACGCAUUGGUGUGGACAGGACCUUAGUAUUGUUUAUAAAAAGUGGCACAGGGGAGGAAUAUCUUAGGGCGUUGACGGGGAUAUGAGACGCCAAGGAACGAGGCAUAACAACAAGUGAACGAAUAUAGCUUCUUGCACUUCCCCUCAAUGUCCUCUAUAAUUUCUGGGUACUAAUGUCUGCCUGAAGAUACAAAAUAUAUAGUGGGUAAAACUUUCAAAAUGCACUAAAAAGCUCCUCAACUUUGAUGUUAUAACUUUCUCGAUCUUCCAGCUCAAGGUCGAUGAAAAAUGAUUUCGCCUCAUGCCAACGCUUGAAAAAUUAAGUCCAAGUUCACAGUAUGCCGGAAAGCUUUUUGUGCCUCUGGUAUAGUGAUAUAUAGAUUUAGCCAGGGCUAAAAGCGAAGCUCUGGUUAAUAUAUAAUACUUGUAAACGAAAAAAAUUAAAUCGUGUAAUGCUGAACGGGGAGGGCAAUGAAAAUGGCAUCAAUAGAUCUAAUUAGCAAAAAAACAAAUUGCACGUGCAGCACACUUUUAUUUUCUAAUUAGCAAAAAAACAAAUUUGCACGUGCAGCGCGCUUUUUGUCUUUCUUUGCCGUUGUUUUGCACAACUACGACGCUGUUUUGUAAGCUUUUGUAGGACUAAAACGUCAAACUUCCUAGUUACACAUUAUUUUUAUGGAGGAAUUGUCGUAUGUGUUUACCCAAUAUUUUGUCUCCUGUGUUCACGUUCGCUCUUAUUUUUUACUGUCGCUCAUUUUCACUUUGCUGGCCGCUAGCAUAUCUCAUUGUCUCACAGCCGCUUUGAAUUUUCAUGUUUUUCUUCACCACUCGCUCUAGCUCUUUCUCUGUUAUCCACCUGAGUUGGGGCAGGGAGGCACUUUAGGAAUUUUUGGGUGGGAUGUGCUGCUGGGACCGUGGAACCCUUAGCCAAUACCAGAACUAGUUCAGCUGAAUACUGCUACCCUAUACUAGGCUAAACUCCCCAAAUCACCCUACCCUAGAGUAGCUUUUAUGCUCAGUUGCGUAAAUUUAAACAUGCCGAACUGAUCUUUUCUUAUAUUUUAUAGUGACAAUUUCCGGUUUCCCUAGUCUAGACUAAAAUCUGCCCAGGGCCGUGAACAUAGCCUUAAACUGAUCAUGAUUUGUUUUGUGGUUUCUCGCUACUACACGCAGAAACGUCUGAAGAAAACUUCGCAAAAACUUCGUAAUCACAAAUUGGCAGCACAGACCAGGAGUCCUACACAUAUCUGUUUAGGCCAAUUAAGGGAGUGCCCCCCCCCCCCACGGGUAAGUCACAAAUUAUUUUUCUGACUGUCCCCCCCCCCCCCCCCCAACCCCCCCAUACCAGACAUGCAAACAUCAAAAAUCCUAAAACAUCUUCAUUCUUCCUUCUGUUGUCUUUAAAGGUGAACGAAGAGAUUUUCUGCGUGCAUUUUAUUUAGCACAGAUGCGUGAGAAGGCUGCGGAGAAGAAGUUGCACUACCCUACAAGCCGAUAGUUCGGCAUUGCCUUGCAUUGCCUUGGCUGGAUGACAAUGCAAAAACCUUUAUGACGGACUGCAUCACAAGCACUUGCCAAGUACUUUUGCCUUGUCACUUAUUUCAUUAUUAUUUUUGCGUUCGAAGUCGAAGAACGCAACCUAAUUACAUUCAACCCGCGAGAGUCGAAACUUGGGCACGAACAUUUACAGUAAGAAAAAAAAAAACAACUCGAGAUUUGGUAGUUUGGGUGUAGUACUGGAAGCGGAAAAUAAUCAGCACUGAAAUAAUUCAUUCUCACGAUCUCAAAGCAAUUAAAGCACGGCCUUAACUCACUUUUGUCGUUUUGUCCUUGGUUUCAAAUCAUUAAAUUCAGAAAGGGACAUUGCAAUCAUUUAUCUAGGGAGGCAUAUUAAAUUCUGCAAGCAGAAUACUGCAAUGCUGAUCGUACUACUUGAAAAUUAACUAGCUCUGCAAGACAUCAACACGACACAGAAAGACCUCAAAACAGAGCGGGAUUGUAGCCAUAGACAGCUGUUUCGCCCUCUUUGGGGCUCGUCAAUAUGGCGUAACAACCAAAGAAAAUUCUGGUGAAAAAUAUCCGCGUACUUUGAUUUAAGAGGCCCUGCCAGGGGGGGCUCCCAUGUCGCUCGUCUGAAUUUUAAAACGUCUCGUGUCGGUGUUUAUUAAUGCUUCACGUCGCUGUCGGAAAUUGAACGAAAAUUCUUUGUCUUUGUCGGAAUUUUAGAAAAGGGGGAUAGCGAUGGGUUUUAAAGAAACCAUUACAGUUGAGCAAUUUCUCAGUUAACCUUUCGCGUAUAGAACACCUAUACAUCGCCAUUCACAAUUAAGGGUGUGUUCCUUUCGGUGAAUUCAGAAACGGAUUUGGAUCUUAAAACGGAUUUCACGUUCCUUUCGGCAAAUCCAAAUUCGGAUUUUUGAUCUGGUGAAUCCUUUUUGAAAAAGGACGAGAGACAACCUCUGAAGCGCAAGGAAAAUUGACGAAAAUUACUUCUUCUUGGCACUCAGACUGGUGAUAAAUUAGCCAAACCACCGUUCUUUGUCGCAUAUUCUCGGCUUUGCCGUCACUGUCGCAAUUUGGCCGAGGGAGGUUGUCGCUUGUCGCCAUUUCGUUUUAGGCUCUGUCGCUACUUUUUGGGUCAUGUCGCUUGUCGGAAUUUAUCCUGGCAGGGCUUCAUUUAAGCCCUGGCCUACCACGUGUCUUCUUGGGGGCAAGAGUUCAAGUGUUAAGUUGAUGUCUCGUAGAGGGGAGGGGACGGGAGGGGUUGGCUCGGUAAGGAGAGGACGUAUUCCAUAGCCCGCCUAAACAAUGUGUUAUAACGAGGAAGAACAAAUGGGCUUGCUCUUUAGGGAAAAAAGAGGGCUUUUUUCACGUUUUUAGAAACGGACACCCGUUUAAUUUAAUUCCUUUAUUUCAAAAUAAACUGAAUUGCCAUCCCCCAAAUCACUUUUCCCGUCCACGCUAUCCGUUUUUAUAGGUUUAAAUGGCUCUCUUCUUGUAUAGUCUCCUUCAAUCUUUCAAACUCCUCUAAGUCCGGUUGUUUGUUCCGUCCUGCUCUAAGCCAGAAUCGAACUUCAGAGGUUCCCGAAGGAAGGAGGUUGUAUCGAAACAAGGUCACCCUCAGCCUCACAUUCACUCAAAGGUUAGGAUACUAAGCCCACAACUGUAAAAUGGCCUACUGAAGUGCCGGUUAUAAUUUGAAUUUUCAGAUAGGCGAUAAUAAAAAUGUAGACACCCUGCCGAUUUAAGGGCUUGCGAGCUUAAAAAUACCUCAAAUGGUAGCGAAAAAGCUUAAUCCCGCAUUUGCCUGUUCACAGACACUCUCUUUUUAGAUUGGAUUUUCAAUGUCGUGUAAUUUUUACGUGCGCGCAAGUAAAUUUUACUCGUAUAAAUAAAAUGGAGGUGUUCAACUUUUAUGUUUACGUGCGACCUUUCGAUACAUUGUCUCUAGUACGCACUCAGGGGAGUUACUCGACAGUGAAAAUCCACUCUAAGAGAUCGUCGAGCGCGGGAAUGAAAAUAAAAACCGCGGGGUAUUUAUUAGAGACCUUAAGCUUCUAAGACGAGUACGACUACGAGUACGAGAUUUUCUCAAUGCUGCGUAGUGCUCGUGCGUGAGAAACAGCGCAGUAUGAAGCUGCGCUUAUGAGGCUGGCGACAUUUAGCCUAGAUAAUGCGCACAGCACUACCAACUACACAGGAACACCAAGUUUUAUCGCUAGACCCCGUUUCGGAAAUGUCUGGUACACUUUUAAUUUGUUCAGAAAUUUCGUGCACUGUUAUUUUCAAAAUGAUUACGGUGAAUGAUUUCAGAUUGGGCCUCUGCAUGUUGGUGGCGUGAAGGUCCCUUUUUAGUCUUGCAAGAUGGAUAAGUUGAAAUUAGUGUUAAAUACACUUAAUUUAACGCCUUGUUCACCAAUCUAAUUCUCUCCACUUAUUCAAAACGAAAUUGAAAAAAAAUUAUAUAUGAAUUAUUAGCUACAAAUCUUGUAGUGAAUAGUUAUACUUCUUCACAUGUCUGAUAUUAUUUUUAUACUUAUUGUUACAUGUACCAUACCUUAUAUUUUGUCAACUCAGUCUAUGUAAUUAGUUAAUUUAUACUUACCUUCUUUGUAUUUUACUUUCGAUCCUGGCCCUACUGUUACUGUUAACUUUAUUUUUACUCUGAGGGAGCCCAAUUCCUAUAAGCCUCUUGGUUUCUUUUUGGGCUUCCUCGCCACUUUCAUUUGCUUUUGUGUGACUGUCUUGUCUUAUCGUUAUUUGUAUUUUGUGGUAAAUCAAAUAAAGUCACCAGUGAUUGAAGAUAGAUAUUAAAAUACGGGCUUUUUGGACGGACCAUUAGAAAAGUUAUGGGGUGCGGGUGAAGAAUUUUUGAGCCAUUUCUCUUUUUUUUUCAUUUAAUUUUCCCUCUCGCGAAUAGUUAACUUUGUACUUCGCCUGUACCCCUCAUACGUUUUUCAAUGGUUCGUUCCUUAGGUUUCGUACUAUAAAUUUGCGCCGAUUGCGAAAACCCCAAUUGAAAUAUUAAUAAAGUGACAAAGCGAGAAUUACCCGAAGCUGGUUUUCGGAGUCCGCAGUUUUCUAAUAACCCGAUGGAUUAUAAUCGGACAAACAAAGUCCUCAGAAGGCUGAUAAACUGCCUUUUUCGUGUCGUUUUCAAAAAUAAAAGAGCCCAAGUCUUCGAGAGUAGUAAAUGAACACGAAACAAGCUACUUGAUAUCAACUUUUAAACCCUUGUGAUUUUCAAAAACUUUUUAACUAAAUACGACGGCGUAUCACUCCUCUCUGUCCUUAUUUCAAUAAGCAAUAAAACCUUUUCUUUUUUUUUUUUUUUUUUUUAAGUACAGCAAUUAGGCAUACCUCAGAUCUCUUUGUUAAAAAUGUUAUUACACCGGCUCCAGUAAUGAAAUCUGUUCAAAUAAUUUGUUUCUAUGUAUGUGUCACUAAGGUAAACAAAUGAGAAGUAUGCAUCCCAUAAUGAUCGCGCAAUUAGUGAGGUCACAGAGCGCAAAGCGAGAUGCACGACCGAUCGCGAUCUAUGCCGAUCAUUACGAAAAUCUGUGAUUUUAAUAUCAAAAUCCUAAUUAGAAGUUCUAAGUGAAGAAAGAGAAACUUCAUCGAAUAUGGCUGCUCACGUAAGGGGCUUAAACAUGAUGGGAAAGCCCGUAUUUCUCCAUCUAAACGGGGACUCCUUCAAGAGAAAGCGCAUCGUGGUGAACCAAAGAGACAUGAAAAGUUUUGAAUCCUUCCUCGACGCUGCUUCACUGAGCUUUCGUACACCUGCCCGUGAAAUACGGACUCCACUAGGCAGACAUCGUAUCAACACACUCGACGAUCUACAGAGAGAUUGUAGUUAUGUUGUUGUCGGUAGAGGACCGUUCAAGAAAGUAGAGUAAGCUAAUCGAUUUGUUUGCGAUCGCGCCAUCGAUCUGUUGUUUUUUGGAUUAGCACUUUGAGUAUUGCUUUUUGAUCGCCCAUGGAUGAGGAGCAUGUUUAAUUUUGCUUAGCUGGCAAUUCUCAUUUUUAUUACUCUAGGUAUGAAGUAAAAGAAAAACCUCUACAUCAACAAGUUAAACUUCCAGAGGUAGGGCGAAAUUAUCGUGGUAAUCGUCAUCUUAUAUCCAACCCCUCAGUUUUUUGGAUCAGCUGACGCGAUUUUUAAUUACUUUAAGCUCACAUAUAUUAAAUCAUAAAUGCAUAACCUGCAAUUUUGCUCGUUCUGUCCAGAAUACACGCUGUGCUCCCUAAGCUUAAUUAUGUCAUGGAAAUUUUACUACUUUAUUAAUCGAUUCCCUUGAGACUUCUUAGUGAUAGGGUUGCUAAACUUUUUACAUUAAAUAUUAAAAUACUUAAGCCUGUAGAUUAAAUAUUUAAAGUUUCCCAGCUUGAUUCGAUUAUGUGGCUCUCAACGGUAGUGGAAAAGAAAAUGUAACUGCAUUUUACUUUUACUUUUUACUUUUACUUUAUUAAUCCGCAAAGGCGGUAACCAUCGCGCGGAUAUAAAAUGAUAAUUCCAUACCAUAAUUGUUAAAUUUAUUGUUAAAUUCAUUGUCUUAAAUUGAUUGUUUUUUCUUCAUAGUAUGUACAAAAAGGACGUGUAAAAAAGCAAAUGCAUUCAAUUUAAGUUAAAAACUUAUGCCCCGUCGACAUGAAUCCGGUUUCUUGUAAAAACCUAUUAUUUUUCCUUACACGAGACAGCUUUCUGUUCAACAAAACCAGUGAAUCUGCCUCUGUGUCAAAAAUAUCCAGAUUUGUAUCCAUGGAUACAGGGCCAGCUUGAGUUAUUUUAAUAAACCUUUGGUUCUCCCCUUCUAACGAAAUUAUUAUGUACAGAUAAAUUUUGUGCAACUCAAUCAUCGCAAGUUCAGGAAUGUACCUGGCAGAGCCCGUAUUUAUGGUCAAAGGAAAAGAGAAGAGAUAAAAACUAUCAUGUGAGUAUUUUAAGAAUACUGUAGGUUGUUAAAAUAUUAGUGUAAAGGGCUGAGUGGUAUCUAAUUUGGUCUGUGAUCAUAACUAUAACAAAAUUCUUAAAUCUGAUUGGCUAUCAACUGCUCUGAUUUCAGCCUUAAUAGGACAGUUAAAUAGGACAGUACGUAUCAUGCCUAAGUAAUUGGACAGUACGUGCCAUCACGCGCGUGCUUAAAUGGCUUUUUUUUUUCACUGCUAGCAAAAAAAAUCUCGGAAUUUCUUGUCUUUUGAUUAAAAAAAGAGCCUCGUAUAUCACAAAUUUUGUUAAAGUUAUGAUUAAUUGGUAACAGAACUUCGUGUCGUCCAAUUCAGUCUGUAAUCAUACUCGUGAUUAAACAAAUCAGACUCCCGCUACGUGGUCGUCCGAUUUUGUUAAUCACUCGUAUGAUUACAGACCAAGUUGGACUCCACUCAGUCCUGUUACCAUUACUAAUUGAAUAUGAGGGAUUAAACAAAAUCAUGUUCUCUGAAUUGUUCAAUCAAGGGUAUGAAUACAGUCCACUCUAGCCUUGAAAACACCCCCAGUCAAACAGACAACCUGAUAAUACAGACAACAGCUAAAUCCCAGGCAAAAAUAAGUUACAAAUCAAUGUUUGACUGAAAUAAACUCCAGCUGUAAGCGACUCUCACUAAAGAGGGCUCUAACUGGAGGUCCCUACUUGACUGUGCAGAUAGAAGUAGAUGGCAAAAGAUUCUCUGGCCAUAGACCCUUCCAUGGUAUUUUAAACUUUUAACAGGGACCAGAUAGCAAAAAUCCUUCUUUUGAAACUGCCUGCAUGAUCUUAGAACUGUACCAUGUACUGUAUGUGGAAUGUUUAAUAUUUGUGUUGCUAUAAUAGCCUAUCAGAUUAAAGAUUUGACUUUGGAGGAAGGUGUAUGGUGGUCUUGUAUAAACUGAAAGUACAUAAUUUAUUGGGCUAUUUUCUUUUUAUACAAAACCCCCCCAAAACACAGAAAUGACAAUAUGAGUAUAAGUGUUAAUAUUAUAACCACUUUGCACUCUUAUAUCUUGCAAUGGAUUUUCAUGACUUGUGACUAAAGACUUCACCCAAAAGCACACACAGAGAGUAGCAAAAUUGCUACAAAGUUCACUGAACACAACUUAAGGAUGGUUACAUCACAACCCCAAAAUGUUUGUGUGUACCGUAAUUUAUUAUUUUGAGUUCAAUCACACAAAUACAUGUAUUAAUUAUCAUGGGUCUGCAGAAGUAAGACUUUGCAAAAAUUUCACUUUUUAAACCCCCUGAACUCUGGCCAGAAUGUUUGCUGAAGAAUGCUGUUUGAAGUUGAGCAAAAUGUGCCUAAAUACACUGUAAAUUGUUGUUUAAGAGCUGAGAACCAUGCCCAUAAGGUUGGGGCAUGUACACAUAGUAAAUUUUAAGAUAACGUUUUGGUUUAUAAUCAGUGAGACUGACCCCUGCACCUUUAUCUUUUUUUCCCUCUUCUCUGGUUUGUUUUUUUUUUUUUCUCCACCUUUCCCGCCCUGUUUUUGUUUGUUGGAGACACUGGUCAGCAGAUACCCUUUUUGACAGCUGUCAUUCAACCAUAACAUGGAUGUCCCAGAUAAGGAUGUCCACUAUCCAGUUAGAUACAGACUGUAUAUGCCUUGGACACCUAGCUACAAUACUCAUCGCAAAUCAUUGAAACAGAAACUGUUUCUCUGGAAUUUUCUUAAAAAUUUCUGACAUUCACUCUUCACACCUUUGUUCUCUCUCAAAUGUGCCCCUCAUCUUCCCCAGUGUUGAGCCACGUGUAUUUUGGAGACCACUGUAAUAGCCAAAUCUACAUUGGGGAAGGGGAAAUGCACACAAGUUUUUCAACGUUUCUGACAGGCACUGUAUUAAUACCCAGUCAUUACUAGAAAAUAUUGCCUAGUAAUUACAGGAAAACAGCCAAUCAGAGCACGCGUGGUGUUAUGAGGGAUCUGGCAAAAAUGGUAGUACUUAAGAAGGCGUGAAUGGGUAAAGUUAUAAAAAAAAAUGACUAUUGACAAUAGUAUAUUGUAAAUAUUGUAAAAGUGACGAAACAUUUUCAUUUCAGUGUUUUUUGCAAUGGAGUUGUUGCAAAACCUAAAAGAGUCCAACUUAGGACAGACUUCAAGAUGCCUCAGGUGAGGUAACUUUGCUAAUACAAGACUGCAAUUAACAAUCAGUAUUUUCCAAGGCUACGUUGUAUAGUUAAUAGCAGACAGGUUGUGGGGAAAAAAAAGUUGUGCAGGAGAAUUGUGCAGGAAUUACAGAUGACAGAGGGAGAAAGGCCACUUUCUUAUUAUUUUUACUACUGUCGACAGAGUGUUCCAGUUAUGCAGUUCCUUAAUUGGUGAAUUGGUUUUGUUAGCUGGUGUGUAGAUCAAUGUACAAUCAUAUAAUAAUUGUACAUAUUGUGUAAAGUUAUGUUUGUACAUGUACAGCGGUAAAAUGUUUACAGAGUGAAUAAUUUUCUUACUUGAAAUGCUCAGCUUAGUAAAUACUGAUGCUUAACCUAUUACUGUCAGAUUCUAGAAUGUGUGAAUGAGAAAGUGAGUACGAUCAGCAAGAAUGGUGCUGUUUAUGAGUAAGUGAAGUAAAGUUUUUACUUUGUAUUUUGAUUGAAAAUCACCUCCUGUCAUUGCAGUUUGUAAUAAAAAUAUACCAUUCAGAAAAGAUGCCUUGAAUGAUUUAUGUUGCACUUGACUAUCUCGAAGUGCCAGCAACUGGCAAAAAUAAUAUUGCUCCGUGCUAUUAAGCACCAGAUUUUCAGAGGAAAAAAAAUUGUCAUUGCAAUUGCGUUAUCAAGACCUUUGUUAAAAACACAAUGAAAAUAUUCAAACAAUUUAAAUCAUAAAGGUAAUAGAGCUCUAGGUACCGGUAAAUAAAAAUUGUGUUCUUCGAGCCAAAAUUGUUUCCCUGGUUGCUCAAAAUGCACUGAUUAGAAUUUUUUUAUUUCAGUGCCCCCAAAAUUUUAAGUUUCCUAGGGAAAUUCGUUUCUGAUAAAGAAGUUGUACCUUCCUUUUUUGUACACUUUUGUAUAUUUUUUGUGUCAGUCUUAAAUUCUUUUCUUUUUAAUGUGGGCUAGGGAGUGUUAUGUACAAGUUAAUCAAAAGUGAUGAUUUUCAGGACUUUUGAUUUGUUUUUCUGUUCAUGUUUAAGGUUGUUCACUGUGGAUGGUCACAAAAUCACAGAACCAUCUCAGCUUGAUUCUAAUGGCCAAUAUGUUGCAGUAGGAAGGGAAAGAUUGUAUGUAUUUUGUUAAUUAUUUUUGGACAAUAUUUAUUUUACUUAUGUAUUUUUAUCAGGAUUUUUACUUUUAUCAGUUUUAUCUAGUUAUAGAUUCAUUGUAUAAAUUUUAAAUUGUAAAGCGCUUUUGAUAACUUUUUAAUUAUGUUAAAAGGUGCUAUAGUAAAUUUAUAACUAUUAUUAUAACUAUUAUUAUUAUUAUCAUUAUUAUUAUUUUCAACAUUUCAUCUAAGAGCGCAAAGGGCUCAUCUAGAGAGCUUAUGCUGUUUAUAGUGCAUAUUUAAAAAAUAUGUAAACCUACAUGUCUCGAUCAAACAAAACAGAAACACACCCAAAGUAUUCAUUGGGUUAGCAUUUAGCUAGGUCAUUAACUUUGCCUCGUUGUUGAUGUUGUUGUUGUUUUUUUGUUUCAUUACAGCUUUGAUAAAUCCGUCUGCUAUAAUGAUCAGGGAGUUGCUGCCCAGCUAACACCAAGAAGGUAUUAAAUCUGUCUAUUGCAAUAUUUUUUGUUAAGAAAUGAAUAUACAAUGUACACUGUUUUGGAGUGAAAGUUGAAACAAUUGAGCAAUAAAACUGUGUGUCAGUGUUUGAAAAGAAAAACAAACAAAACAAAUGACACAAAAAAUCUUAAAGAUUAUUGAGUUUUAACUUAAAAGUCCUUGUUCAGUCCUUAAAAUGAAUCUUUAAUUCCCUAAAAAAAUUAUUUCCUAUUUUGUUUUAGCUUUACUUCAAAGAAUAACAAAGGAAAAAUGAAUAAUUAUUAAUAGUUAUUAAAUAUAAUCAUGGACAGAUUAAAGGGUGGUCCAAGGGAAACCACGGCCCUCCCUUUUUCUGUGAAGUUUUCUGUUCGUAAAGAAUUCUCACCGAGAUAAAAUAGCUGGCAAGUGUGGCCCUUUCUGAAUCUUCUACAUCAACCUCAUUAAGGUUGGUACUCACUAGGUGACACAUUGCAGCGACAAAUCGCUCCAUGCGUACUGGGAGAAUUUUUGUGAAAAUCUUUGUUGCUGCAACAGAAUUUUGUCUCUGCAACAAGUCACACAAAUUCAGUCCUAUUUGAUUUUUUGCAACUCGUUGCAGCGACAAAAUUCUGUUGCGGAGACAAAUAUUUUCAAAAAAAUUCUCCAGUACACAGGAAGCGAUUUGUCACUGCAACAUGUCGCCUGACCGUGUUGCUAAAACUAGUCGCCUGAGAUGUACACCUGGAGUGAUCUGUCACCACGCCUAGUGUGUACCGACCUUUACUCAAGUGUUACUCUUUCUCUCAACAGAGCUUCCACCAAACCAAAAGUGGCAGAAAUAAAACCACUCAGAAAAGCUGUAAGUCAGAAGUGAUUUUAAACCCUUUAAGUUCCAAGUGUGACAAAUAUCAGUUUUUUUCCUAACUGUAACAAUACAUCUCACGAGAAAAGGAUAUGAGAAUUUGUAAAAUGAUCACUAUUGGGGGUCCAUGUGCUUUGAUUUUAACUGAAAUUCUCUCUACUACUUUUUUUUUCAAAAAAUUUAUGGAGAUGAGUCUGGAGAAUUUGUAUGUGGAUAUUAGGGCUUUAAGUGUUAAAGAUUGGAGUCAUUUUUUGUCAAAGAGAUAAGAGAAGGGUUCAGUAGUAAAAGAGUUCAUUAACUCCUUGAAGCUUUUGAGGUGUGGUCCUAGAGAAGGGGUUCUUGAGGGGUAUAGUCUGUGUCAGUCGCGCCCUCCCCUCCCCUCAAACAAAAUCAAAUUGUUUUUCUAUGUGAGGGGCAGCUGUACACUUGCUAGAGGGGUACAGUAUGCAGAAGUUUUUCUUGCUCACACCUCCCCCUUUCGUAACCCAAGUUUGAAGUGAGAGCUAGCUCCCGGAACCAAAUUAAAGUGGGCCUCUGUAUCAUUCUUCCCUAUACUUGUAGGGAGGUGGUGCAAAAAGAGGAAGGAAGAAGAAGUCUAUUGUCUCUGAUGACGAGGAAAAUGUGAGUAUUUUGUCGUUGUUAUUAUUUUUUAGAUGCACCCUGUUAGAGAGCCCCAUCAUUGACUUGCCUUCAAGAAUAAAACCCAAACCCAUUUACAGUCAUUUACGGACACCUCAUUAUUACAGACAGUUUGCUUUGUCCCUGGGGAAAGGAAGCCUUUGCAUUUUCUCUAAAUUCAACCCGCUCAAUACGGACACCCCGUUAAUUUGGACACUUUCUAUGGUCCCCUUAGACUUUUCAAAAGUCUUUCGUCAGAACUUCUUCGCUCGGUCUAUCAGUCUAUCAAUAUGGCAGUCUAUCAGUAUGGCCCCCUCUGUGUCCGUAUUAACGAGGUUUGACUGUAAUAAACUCACAAUUCAAGGGAUGGUAAAAGACGAAUACGUCAAAACCCUUGCCUAAUUUCAGGUCUGUGUGAACUUUUGUUUGCGAGCGGUAUUCAGAGAAAUGUUUUACCAACAAACAAUGUAGGGCUUAGAGUAUAAUAUGGAGACGCCUCGUUGGUGUAUCUCUUCAAUGUUUAAGGUCUUUUUUUUUCUCUUUUUUACCAUGUAUGUAUUCUAUUUUGGCACCUUCUAAUUAAUUUGUCUUCACUACUUUCUUCAUAACAAAAUAUUUACAGAACACAAAUUUUACACAGACCACGAUGGAACACGUGUUCGUUGCGCCGCCAUAUGCAUAGUGGGUACAUAUACUUGUUAGUAUGGCUUUUAAACGAUAGCAUUACAAAAUUUGGAGUUUCUCAUGGAAAAAAUUAUAUCAAAGGAAAGACCUAAGUGCAAAUAUGCAAUUUCAGGCAACAAUAUGUUGAAGUAUAUGCGUAAACGAAAGCUUACCCGCACGCAACCUUGUUCCACGGAGUGAGAGAGAAUGGGCAACUAAUUGAAACAGAAGACAGAAACUCUGUCUGAGCUGUUCACGUGAUUUCAGUACUCACUGGAAUUACACAAUUUUUUUUUCACUUUACUGAACACUAACUCAAAAUUGUUCGCUUUUUUCUAUUUGACUUUAGAAGUCUGCAAAUAAGCAGAAAUAAAAAAUAAGCAUUUGGUAGAGCCCCAUAGCUAAGGAAAUGUGGUAAUCUACCCAUCCGAGAAAAUUUGGUAAUCACGUGACCGCACACCGAGCGAGCGAGCGACCGUCCGUCCGUCCGCACCACAGGCAUACCAAUGUAAAAUAACUCAAUCAGGUAUGGGAACCCAAAUGCAACUCAAGGUCUUAUUUGGAAGGAAAUCACAUGGCCGCCCGGACUUUUAGAAAGAAAAUAGUCGCGUUUUUUCGGCAUUAUUUUUUAUGUUUACACUAACGUGGAUAACAGAGAGAGAGCUAGAGCGAGUUAUUGAAAACAAAGGAGACGAAUUUUGUAGGAAGAAAAACAUGGAAAUUCAAAGCAACCGUGCGAAAAUGAGAAAUGCUAGCGGCCAGCAAGGUGAAAAUGAGCGGCAGUGAAAAAUAAAAGCGAACAUGAACACAGGAAACAAAAUAUUGGGUAAGCACAUGCAACAAUUCCUCCAUAAGAAUAAUGUGUAACUAGGAAGUUUGACGUUUCAGUCGUACAAAACAUCGUUGUAAUCGUGUAAAACAACGGCAAGGGAAAGACAAAAAAGCGUGCUGCACGUGCAAAUUUGUUUUUUGCUAAUUAGAAGAAAAAGUGUGCUGCACGUGCAAUUUGUUUUUUUGCUAAUUAGACCUAUUAGUCUUGAAGCCAUUUUCAUUGUCGUCCCCGUUUGGCAUUACACGAUUUAAUUUUUUUUGUUUACACGUAUUAUUAACCAGAGCUUUGCUUUUAGCCCUGGCUAAAUCUAUAUAUUAUUAAACUGCGCACAUCAGUUAAUAUAAAGUCAAAUCCUGCUUUAUGGACACCUCUUUAUUACGGACAGUUUGCUUUGUCCCUCGGGAAAGAAAGCCUUUACAUUUUAACGAUUGGAAUCCGAAAUCCAAGCUCCGCUUAUGAGAAAUCCGAAGUCCAGAAUCCAAUCUUCAGUGACUGUCUUGGAUUACCUUAAUGAGGGCUAAUUGCACCGUAGAAAGGCAAUUGUUUCAAUUUCUUUAAUCUUAUCCUUAUUUAUUAUCCAGAACAAGACGAUACGCGCGCUCGUUUCUUUAAGAGAUGCUAAAAGCGUUUCGUCCCCUGAAUCUCCAAGAGAAGUCGAAAAUUUUCGAAGUUUUGAAGAUACGCUAGAAUCAGUCGCAGACAACGACCUCCAUUCAGAACUCGUUGAAGAUACACCGCUGAGGUCUUACGCGGCAACGAAGGACUCUUCACAAGAACAAGACAUUGAAGAAAUCCCGUUAGAUGAAACUAUUAAAGAGGACACUGCUGAUGUCCUGGGAGACAAUGGGGUCCCUCUUGAAGAAAUCAUCAAUGAAAGACAAGGAAGCGACUCAGCUGAUGGUACGUGCAGCCUUUUAACAGAGAACUUUAGAUUCUAAGAGGAAGGUUGUUUACCAUUUACAAGGGCAAACUGGUCGGUUCACGAUUAAGGCAAAUGGUAAGCAAAAUUCAGGACUGGUAAAUUCCCUCCCGGAAUCGCGUUUACCAUUUGUACAAAUCAGUUCCAUUUCCUGCAAAACGGCCGCGAAGGCUUGAAACUCAGGGUCGGCCAGGGUUUUUGGGUAUACGGUAUACAGGGGCUUUUUAAAUCGGGUAUACGGUAUAUUGCAGCUUAAAUACGGGUAUUCAGUAUAUCACUUUCUUUGAAUUUCAGCUAUAAAGUAUACCUAUAAAGUAUACCUGGGUAUAAUUUUGGGUAUUUUGGCAGGGUCCGAAAUUGUGCCGUCCUGGUCGCCAAUGCGACCAAAAAUACAGUUCUGGCGACCAGAAUUUCAUAGCUGGUCGCCAGCUGGCGACUUGUAAAGCUGGUUGUCAUUGUAGACUUUCACGUUCAGAGAAAAUGAUUAAGAAUUGAAACCUCGAAGCUAUUUGCCAACAGGGGCGUACUUUUCGUCCUGCUGAUAUUUUUUAAAUUUAAAAGUGAAACGAAUCUUCCUGUAAAUAUACCUCCACAAGAGCUACGAUCAAUACGACUUCAACGUUUCCAAGCCGCCAAGGGGAAUUUUUGGCGACCAUAAUUUGCCCUCUGACGACCAAAAAUUUAUACUUGCUCACCAGUUGGUGCCCAUAUUAAAAAGUUAAUUUCGGACCCUGAAUUUGGGGUAUUUUGGCGAAUUUUUUUCGGGUAUACUGGUAUACCAUUACCCCCCCUGGCCGACCCUGGAAACUGGUAUCAAAAAAAGAUUAAAGAUGGUUUUGAAGAAAUGGAACACGUUUGGAACAGCUUUUUUGGGUCGUUCCAGGACUACCUUUUGAAAUGUUCCGUUGCUCCGUUCAGGAAAUUUUUCCGCUGGAACGACCGAAAAAGUCGUGUUCCAUGUACUUUCCAACCGCAUUUUUCGGAUUUUUUUUUUUUUUUGUAAACGGUAAACAACCAGGGAAGACGAAGAGGACCAAAUUUUCUCAAUACUAAGUAGUGCGCUUCCUUGAACCAGCGUCAUUUUGGCGGGAAAACGCAACGGCCGUCGUCAUUCUACUAUGGGUCUUGGCAAGAAUGUCGUAGUAUCGGAAAUAAGUUAUCAAAUGUUAGAAGUUUUAUCAUUUUGCAAUCUUCCGUCAUUAAAAAUAACCGUGCUAACUAUUCUGGUGAAAAAAGUGCGAUGAGGCUUUCCUGGGUGUAUUUUUUAAGAAUACGCGAAAAAAAAAGUCAAAUCUCGUCCUGUUAGUGGCCCUCGUCAUUGAAUCUAAACUUUAGUUUCAAGUAUCUUGUCUUGUAAUGUUGGAAACGCUGUUAAUUUUAUGACAGCGAGUGGUUUUUCAUGCUGACCAUCCACUAAUUUUUACCUACGUUUUUGUUCGUCAGUAAAACCCUCUGUGUAUGAUGCGAGUGGUGAGCACCAGAUCGCUGCAGGGGAAAUACAAGAUGACCGAGGUUAGUGCCCUGUACUGUGAACUUAUUUAUAAUAGGCAAGAAAAACGUGCAACGGCUUGUUUUGCAAUAUUGCUUCAAAACGAAUUGAAAAGCGAUGCUGCGGGUUUUAGAACCCACGUUCAAACCUGCUUUGUAACAUAUCCGGUUUGCUGCAAGUAACGUGAAUACCGACUUCCGAUUGGAUAAAAUAAUGCGGAAGUCAGGCCAUACACGGGAGGUGAGUCACUUGUUAAAAAACAAUUUCGCCUGUGGCUGGUAAGGCGCGUGACAUACUGUGUUCCGUGUACGAAUGGUAACUAUAACCAUUCAUCUAUUAUUGUAGGAGAGUACUAAAACCACCUUCACAUCGUAUUAGAGCGAUUUUUGUGUGACCUUGAAGUGAAAACGCGCGAACAAAAGAGAAACAGUAAACGAACGGAAAUAGAGCGAUUUCAUUUUAUCGAACGAAUACAAACACGCGUGGCUUUUGUUUGGUUGAGCGAACGCUCGGGUGAAAAAACUUCAUGCAUAAAGAACUUUCUAGAAAUCAAUCGUUACUUCGCUUUGACGUCAUACUGCAACACGAUUGGCCAAUCGAACAAUGCCCUCUCCAUAUUAGGUUUUUCUUUGGCGGGAAAACGAAGAGUCCAUGUUUUGAUCUUUUCAUCCAUUGGCUGAUAAAACAAAUAACGAAAACUUACUGGAACCAUUUUUCAAGGUCAUACGAAAAUCGUUCUAUUCUCUAACGCUGAAAGGAAUCUGAAUGCGAUAGUUAAGACGGUGAAAUCGUGGGAUUUUUUCUUGACGACAUGUGUGAUGGUGCGCAAUUCAUUUUCCUUUUGAAGAAACCCUGGAGGACAAGCCAAUUGAUCAACUGCCCGCUGAGGAAGUAGAGGACGAAGAAAUUGAAGAAAACGUAAACCAGAAUGAUGGAGAUGAGGGUGUGAAUGUUAGGCAAAGCGAAGAAGUUAAGGAUGAGGAAAUUAUUGAGGACAACAACGAUUUGGUAAGGAAUUGCGUUUUGUUUUGCUGUUCAAAGUUAGAAUCGUCUAGAAAGCUCUAGAAGCCAACACGAAUCGUGACUAUCACAUUGCGCGCUUUAUAUCAGCUUCAUGCGCGUACUUCAAAGUUUUAUUGGUUUAUUGGAGUGCAUUCAAUGUCUUGAUUGGCCGAAGUAAAUUUCUUAGUUUCGACCCACGUCGCUUAAUUGAAAAAGAGCGUUUAACCUCAGUAUUAAAGUGAGCUUGGGUAUAUGGAGACUAGAUUAGUAUCAGCGUGUGCUCCAUAUUACUAUCAACUUAGCAUCAACAUGUCAGUUCAGAUUCCUGCUCAAUUCAGUGUUUGUAUGAGCUCAAUAUUGGCUAUUGCACACUCUAAUAGCAUUACCUUAUAAUUAACAUCAGCGUUACAGUAUUAACAGUAGCUUAGUAUUAGCAUCAGAACAGUAUUAACAUUAGCGUAGUAUUAGCAUCAGAACAGUAUUGACACUAGAUAAGCAUUAGCAUUAGCUUAGUACUAACAGUAGCUCAGUAGUAGCAUCAGCCCAGUAUUUACAUUCCCGCCCUAUUAGCAUUAGCUCACUACUAACAUCAGCAGAGUACAUGCAUUAGCUAAGUAUUGACAGUAGCCCAAUAUUAGCGUUAGGUCAGGGUUAUCAUUAGCUCAGUUUUAACAGUGAUAGCCGGUUAAUGUGACAGGUAGCUCAGAAAGAAGGCACGUUCGUCAAAUCACAGUCAUCACUUCUCCGAAUAAGACGCCACGGGAAAGGUGUGUAGAAAGUUAGCUUUGUUUUGCAACUUGCUUUCUUGAGCUAUAAAAGGAAAAAAAAGCUCUGUAGCCCUGAAAGGCUAUCAGCUAAACACUCUAAAAUGGUGCUAAGCUCAAAUCUUCUAACGGAAGUGUGACUGCUAAUAUACUAUACUAAUAUAUGAUUGUUUGAUCUCGUUGUUUUUGUUUAAUUGUCCAACGACUCAGUGGAUUGAGGUGUGGUGAAGGGAAGGAAUUAGAAACGCUCACCAAAACGUAUCUCUGUCCAUGAAAAUUGCCCAGAGAACACAGUCUUAAGUCGGGAAGUAACUCUCGGUCCAAGUCAGCCUGUCAGGCCUCUUCCAAAAAUAUGUAUGAUUCCAUAGGAGUAGCACAAUUACUGGUAAACCAAUGGUUUUUAUUGCGGCCCACAAGGUUAAGAAUCUUAACUGGCCGGAGGCAAAUCGGUUGGCCAUUUACAAGCGUGACUGAAAUGUUGAACUAACAAUGAGAACAAAUCCAGCUAAGCUGUUUGGGCAGGGAUUGAACUCGGGGCUUCCGGAUUACAAUUCCAGCGCUCGAACCGUUUAAUAACGCUGGCCCUCGCCAAACGCCACGUUAUUCUUGUGUCGGUGAACCAAGCUGAUGAAUUAGAUAUGGUAGAAGAUCAGCGUUUAUACUAGCUACUUUGGAACAGUGCACCGUGUUAAGUUCGUCCGACACUGAGCGGCAAAUAAUUCAUUCAGCGAUCUUUGCUUUCGUCGUUCCGAAUGAAGACAUUUUACUCUCCCCCCCCCCCCCCCUACCCUUUUUCUUUCUUUUUUUUUUCCGGUUGUACCUAAGUCUGAAUCAGAUGUCCCAAAGAUAAAAUCUCUGUGAUAUGCAAGCCAACUCCAAAAAAAAAAAAAAAAAGGGGGGGGGACAUUAUGUCAGGUCGCACGAUCAGGAGAUAAAAAAAACUUGAAUGUGUAAAUCUUGUAAUUUUUCAGACUCCUCCAGAGGAAAUCGAACCUAGUGACGAGGCUGUACCGGGUGGAGAGAACGAACAGAGCGAAGAAAACAGACCGAGUGAUGACAAUAGACCAACUGAAGAAAUUGAACCAAUUAAUGAUAAUAACGCAAUUGAAGAAAAUGAACCAAGUAGAGAUGAUGAACCAAGUGAAGAAAACAGACCAAUUAAUGACUAUAAACCAAGUGAAGAAAACGAGAUAAAUAGUGAUAAAAAGCCAAGUGAAGAAAACAAACCAGUUGGUGAUGAUAAACCGAGUGAAGAAAACCAACCAAGUAGAGUUAAUAAGCCAAGCGAAGAACUAAUUGAAGAACACAAGCCAAUUGAUUCAAACUAAGUCGCGGAAGACAACUCACCGCGUGAGGCUUAAGAGUGAAAAUAUUCUUUAUUAUUUUGGUUGUAGUUUAGUUUACUUCAACGCGGUAACACCCAGAGAAUCCUGCAAAAUCCGCAAAAUCCAUCUCUAACGUAACUCACAAUUUCCCUUUUCAUAAGAUUUCAGGCUGAAUAUGACGGCUUUAGUUCUGAACAGGUCCGUCUCUUUUUAUCGAAACAGUUUUCUUUGAGCUCUAAACACGCCUAAUUCAGAUAUUUCAUAGUUUUCAUUGAAAUUUAUGUACUGCUGUAAGAUCCGACAGCGCCACAAGUCAGAGAUCCCGCGUGUAAAACUGAUCCUUGAACUAAUUUAAAGAGUCAACACCUACAUGCUGGACGCUGCAUGAUGCCGCCAUGAAGAGUUUUCCUCGUUGCGUUUUUAUUUCGUGCUAUGCGUCUUGAAUUGAAAUGUCUAUGAUUUAAUGAAAUUUACUUUCGCGGGAUUACAAUACAUUGUUUUAUAUACUGUAUAUAAGUAACCUUACUGAUGUUUAAAUUGUAACGGUAUGUUUUAUAACCAUUCUCAAAUACAUUACGCGUUGUACAUACGUAUACUUUCGUGUAACAUAUCAAAGACACGCGUUUCAAAUAAAAAGAGUAGGUCACGUUAGUGGCUUGUUUUUUCCGGAGACUUUGAAAGAUCUUACCCUUUUUGUUUCCUUUGUGUAGGGAUCUGGGC